AUGAUUCCUAAUUUCUUGCAGCCAUGCUGCAUAUCUGAUCUUGAUAAACAACAUAUACGACACAGUGAACUUGAAGUAACAGUUCACAAAUUAAAUGAAAAUGGAGAUUAUAAUUUGGGUUUUAAUGGGCAUCAAUUCAAACUUAAUCCAGAUUGUAUAGAAGAACUCAGAUAUAAAGGUCUGAAUUUUCAUACAUAUCAUUGCCAUACCCAUUGCUUGCUAAUUGGUACAUCAGGAGGUAGAUGCAAAAAAAAUAAUAAGAAAGAAGCACAAGAAACUUGUAAAUGUGAUGAUCGUCCUGGAAUCUAUGGGGAUCGUUCAUACCAACGUAAAAUUCAAUCAGAAAAGAAACAAAAAUCUAUUAGAGGAAAUAAGAAGAAUACGAAGAAAAAAUAUAAUAACGAUUACAAAAAUAUUAAAACAACGAAUUAUGGUGAAAAUCCAUAUCAAAAUCAAAAUGAAAAUCAAGCAACCGAACCAAAUCCUAAGAUUGUCAACAACAUCAGAAUUGCAGCUGAUACAUCUUGUUAUAAACAAUCUGCUUACGGUAUAGAUUAUUAUAAUUGGGCAUGUCAUUUUUGGUGUUAUCGGGCUGGAUUGCAAUCUGGAGGUUGUAGAGGUGAAAAUAAUUGCAAAUUAACAGCUGAUGAUGGUGCCGAAAUUUCCCUAUGCCAAGGACCAUUCGGCAAUCAGUGCAUUGAAGCAUGUUUGAAAAUAUCGAAGUAUCCGGCGCGUUGCGAAAAUAAUAAAUGCAUGUGCCAUUUAGAUGAAGAUUGCAAAUGGUAUAUUUUGAAAUUUAUUAGAGUUUUACAGUCUCCUCCGGAUAAUGAAAACGUGUAUGGAUUGUGCACCGACGGCAUAGGUGACGGAGAAUGUAAUUACCGCUGCUCAAUUACAGAGGAACAUGUUCAUGCACAGGAUAAAAAAUGCGUUUGCGGAGGUUGCACCAAUGAAAAGGUGCAAAGGACCAAAGAAAUUGAAAAAAAUAUUGAAGAAAUUUGUCGGUCUGAAGAAAGAAAGAGUAUUGAUUGCAAAUUGAAGUGCUUGCAAUUGCAUUUUACUGAUGGGGAAUGUAGGAAAAAUGGUGGAACUACAUUUUGUUCGUGCAAGCGCUUGGAUGAUAAAUGGAGGAAGCUUAAGGAAAGAGAUUAUUAUACUAAAGAUAAUAAGGAGAAAGAUACGGAUUUAUGGUUUGAAGAUCGCAUCAAUAAAAACUGUGAGGAUAGUUAUUGCGAUAGUGCUUGUUUUUUGAAACAUCAAUUUGGUGGAAAGUGUUUCAAAAGUCAAUGCAAAUGCCAAAUUAAGCGAGCUGAAGAAUCUUGGACUAAAUAUGAGGAAAUAGUUACCAGAAUUGUUCAUGAAGAUACUACGGUAUUAGAAAAUUAUCCACGAGAACCGACAGAUUUAAUUGAACGCUGUACUACAGAACGUGAUAAAAUUGAUUGUAAAAUUAAAUGUAGAGGUUUAAAAAGAGAUGAUGGUAUUUGCAAUAAAAAUGAAUGCGUAUGUCAGAGCACAGACAAAACCUGGAAAAGUUAUAAUGAACUAUAUAAGGAAUAUCACGAACGAGAAAUUUGGCAUCACCAAGUAUGUCGAAUGGACCACGGUGAAGGAGAUUGCAACUACAAAUGCAGAGGUGUUGGAUCUUCUGCUGGUAGAUGCAAUAGUGGUAUUUGCCAAUGCCUUUAUGAGACUCAAACCUGGGUUGAACUUGAUGAAACUAUUGAACAGACCUACAGAUAUAAUAUAUGUGAUAAAACACAGAACGACCAUUUAUGCUUCAAUUAUUGUAGAAGACUAAGAAACACUGCUGGGAGUUGUAACAUGGGUUAUUGUACUUGUGACCAUGAGGAAACUCGGUGGCCAUUAGAAGAAACUGAUAUUUGUGAAAACAAAAUCGCUGGGGAUAAAUUAUGUGAUUACGAGUGUAAAAAAGUCAUGUAUGAUAGAGGACAAUGUAUAGAAGUUACAAACGGCAUUAGGGAAUGUAAAUGUAUAAAAUCUGGAGCCCAAGAAUGGAGCAAGUUCCAGGAAUUGAUAAGAAGAGAAUACUACAGCGGAGAACAAUACUGGGGUGAGUAA